CGACACAAGCUCUGCGGCGGCAGCAGCGCAGACGGCAACGGUCAGGUUAGAAGUUUUGAACUCCUGCAGUGCCUGCCACUUGGAGAGGCGAGAUCAGCUUGGGGCCAGCCAAAUUUGUUGCAUUUUGUGUUUCUUGACGCCGACCAAAGUCCCCGCCCCUUCCAAGUGCCAACCAACGACCGCUGUCGCUCCAAGUUCGUUGCUUUCUUGCGUGCUGGACCUAGGAUUAGCCAGACCUUCUCAACCCACCUUCUAGGUUUUGCUCGAGGAAGCGCCUGCUCUAAUUCUGUGUUGUCCCGUUCAAAAUUUUCCUCUCUAGAGAAGCAUAUCUUGAUUUCUGAUCUGGUAGCUGUCCAGAAUUUUAGGCUUUUUUGCAGAAUAUUGUCAAUAAGUUCGGCCCCCCUGUCUUCACUACAGAGUUCUUUGCAAUCUCUGCUUGUUCAGAACAGAAUUGACUACUUGUACUUGUACAUGGAUAUUCGGUUGUGCUAG